AUGGCCCCUGAAAAGAGACUGGACCCCCUUCUAGCUGAGGCGUUAAAUCCCAGUGAGGAUGUCCAGCAGGCACAAGGAACAAUUCAGGCAAUAAAAAAAGACGUGGAUGAUACUGGGGUACUGGAUUCCAGUGACUGGGUGGAGCGCUUUGAUGAUGCUGUGGGGAAGCUAGUUUACAUCAACAAGAUAACAGGUCUGAGUAAAUAUGAGGGCCCUUCUGUGGAAGAGACCCAGGUGCCCUGUGUGAGUGAUGUCACCACCAUGGCCGUUAGUGUCAUCUCCAGAAAUGGGUUUGAGUACAGGUGUUACCCAUUUCAAGCAGAGCUAGUGUUGCCCUUCCUGCCCAGAUCCAGAGCAGAGAGAGUACUUAGUUCAGGCCUGGAUGAGGAAGUCAGCAAGUUAACAUGUCCGCCGUGUUCUUCUGAAACUUCAGGGAACUUGCUGGUGUUGGUGGACCAGCACGCUGCUCACGAGCGAGUCCGUCUGGAGAGCCUCACAGCAGACUCCUAUGAGGACGACCCAGAGUUUUUAGGCCAGAAGCAGCUGCGAUCCUCCAAUGUGUCGCCACCUCUCGAGAUUGUCGUCACAGAGGAAGAACUGAGGCUGCUUAGGUCCUGCCCACAGUUCCUCAGGGGCCUGGGGCUAGAGAUGAAAUUUGUGGAGACGGAGGAGCCACGUGUUCUGGUGGGGAAGGUGCCCGUGUGUUUUGUGGAGAGGGAAGCCAGUGAGCUUCGACAUGGGAGGCACACUGUCACCAGGGAUAUUGUGUUGGAAUACAUUCAAGAACAGCUUGAGCUGCUGCGCUCCGCCGGCCGGGUGCGAGGGACUCUGCCUCUCACGGUACUGAAGGUGCUGGCCUCGCAAGCCUGUCAUGGAGCCGUUAAAUUCAACGCCAGUUUGAGCAGGGAAGAAUGCUGUAGCCUGAUUGGCUCCCUGUCCACCUGCAAACUGCCCUUCCAAUGCGCCCAUGGCCGGCCAUCCAUGGUGCCGCUGGCUGACCUGCUCCACCUGGACACCGAGCAGCAGAAGUCUCCCAAGCCAAACCUAAGGAAGCUCAGGCUGAGGUACCAAGCAUGGAAACGGCAUGGGGACGAGCAAGGAAGACAAGAAGCUACGAGGCAACAUUGCACAAACAGCACUGGGAAUUAGAUACCUCUCUGCUGUGAAUUUUAGCUGCUUAUUUAUACAUUAUUUAUUAAAUGAUUACAGCUCUG